AUGGCUUCACAGGCGGCAUCUGCUUGCAGGACGACCAUCCUACUCGCCGUCGUUUUGGCCGCGUUGGUCCUGCCAUCCUUAGCUUGUCGGAAGGCUCUCGCUCGAGCUCCGGCUCCGGCUCCCGCUCUGGCUCCAGCUCCAGCUCCGGCGCUGGCUCCGGCCCCGGCUCCGGCGUCCGUGAUACUAUGCCAGGAUUGUGACUCACGGUGUCAGGCGGCGUCGAUUUGCGAUGCCUACGUUGCCGCGGCGGGCUGCGGAAAUGCCUGCAGCGGCGCGACGCCGGACUGCGAGCCCUGCAAGUCCGAGGUCCUCCGAGUCUGCUUGCCCAGCUGCAACGAGGGCUGCCCCAGGAACUGCGCUGAGUGCGACUGCCCCAGUGUAUGUGCCAAUGCCUGCGGCGACGGCGCCAUGCGCCAGUGUAAGGAGAAGUGCGUCUACUCCUUCUACGCGGUCGACUCCUGCCACAAAUGCUGGGACAGGGCCCGCGCGCGGUGCACCGAUGCCUGCAACAGCGACUGCGAGGCCAACUGCGUCAGCGGCUGA